UUCCAUAGCCCUGAUAUCCGCGAAUUCAGUAAUGGCGCACGUUGUUUAGACGUAAAUUUGUUAUUGUUAAAAUACAAAAACAACCUUUAAAAUGGCUCGAAAUAGUGAAAAGGCGAUGACAACAUUGGCUCGUUGGAGAGCAGCGCAACUUGGGGAGGUGCAGGAGAGAGAAAGAAGGCCAUUCUUAGCAACAGACUGUAAUGAAUUGCCAAAAGCUGAGAAAUGGAGAAGACAGAUAAUUGGUGAAGUUUCAAGGAAAGUAGCACAAAUCCAAAAUGCUGGACUGGGCGAGUUUAAAUUAAGAGAUCUGAAUGAUGAAAUUAAUAAAUUGUUACGUGAAAAGGGUCAUUGGGAGGACCAGAUCAAAACACUUAAUGGCCCAGAUUACAGAAGAAUUGGUCCAAAAAUGUUGGAUCAUGAAGGCAAGGAAGUACCAGGAAAUCGAGGUUACAAAUACUUUGGGGCCGCUAAAGACUUACCAGGUGUUCGUGAACUGUUUGAACAAGAACCUCCACAAGCUCCUCGUAGAACACGUGCUGAAUUGAUGAAAGAUAUUGAUGCUGAUUAUUAUGGGUACCGAGACGAAGAUGACGGUCGAAUUUUGCCAAUGGAACAAGCCUUGGAGAAACAAGUGAUUGCAGAAAAAAUUAAAGCAUGGAAAGAAGAGCAGGAGAAGAUCAAGAGUGGUGAAAUAAAAAUAGAGGAGAAUAUGGAAACGGAAGAAUCUAUUUAUAAAGCUGACGAUUUAGAUGACGAGGAUGUGAUUCAAGAUUCGUUAGUUAAAGUGAUGGAAGCAGAUAAACAACAAUUUAUUGCUCAUGUGCCAGUUCCUUCCCAAAAAGAAAUUGAAGAGGCCCUAUUAGUGAGAAAAAAGACAGAAUUAUUGAAAAAAUAUGCUAGUGACAGUUUACAAGAAGAGGAGGGUGAAGCAAAAGAAAUGUUAGGAGUGUGAUAGUGAUCAUUGAUUGACAGUUAUGAUAAAGAAUUAACUGUGAGCUUCAUCAUUUGAAAAAAACUGUUUGUGUGGCUUAUGGUUUGGCAGUACAUAUGCAUGUAUGAUGACAGAUUUGUAACUGUGAUUUAUAACCUAGCCAAAAAUAUUUUGUUUUGUGAAAGGCAUGUAAUUUCCAUUCCAAUACAAGAUUGUACAAAGUGUGGUGUAUACAGUAUCUUGAUUGAUAUGCAAAUGAGAUAAUGAAUAUACAUGUAUUUAUAUACAUGUAGCGUGAAUAUAUUCCCAAUAAUGGUAACAUGUUUGAAACUGUACACUAGUUAUGAUCCAACAUCAACCAUUGUUACAUGUAUAUGAUAUUAAACUAUAUUAAUCAGCAUAUAUCACUACACUGCAAAAAAAUAGCAUUUGCUAUGUGAGGUGUGGAUGAUGAAUACAUGUAUACAACUAUGCCAGUAUGCCUUUUGUGUUAAUAUGCCACUAUAAAGACUAUAAUGUCCAAUUAUUUUCAAAAAUUGUAUCAGAACAGUACAUUGAAUGUAUGUACUGUCUUUUACCAAUAAUUUUCUUGCAAUUUAAAUGGUUUUUAUCAGUCUUUAAAUACUGGUCUGAUUUCCUUAACUUUGUAAGUUUACAAAUAAUAUUAUUAUGACGGCAUCACUUUCUACCAUACAUGUAUUUUGUGUAUAUAUUCAUGUAUAGUAAAAUUCAUGUAUAGUAAAAUUCAUAAAUAUUCUGUUCUGUGGAUAGAAUUAAAAACCGGUACUUAAACAUGCAUUAUGCAAGAGCAAAAUCUGCUUAUUACAAGUCUUUCUUUAUGCCUGAAACUGAAAUGUUAUCUAAAUUAUCAAUUCGACAUUAAGUAACUUAUCCAGACCAUAAUAAACUCUCAAUGUCAAGGCUAGCCGUCGAUGUUGGCUGGAUUAGAUUCCUAUAUGCCGCUUAACGGCCAUUGAUAAUUAAAUCAAAACAGUGGAUAAUCGAGACUAUGCUGUUUAUAUUAAUGAUUUUAGUAAUGAUGACCAAGACUAUGGAAAAUUUCACCCGCUCCGUUCUCGGCUCAUAGUGGAUCAAGUUGACUGAAAUUAUCAGCAAAUUAUCUUUACACUAUCUAGUUUUUAACUAUUAUAGCGAAAACAGCCAUCUCUUUAUCUUAUCUCCCAUAAUGUAACUUUAACAUAAAUUGUCAAAUAAAAUGAAUAAUUUAUCAAAAUUUUGCUUCAAAUCCUUCUCAAAACACUGUUUUUGCGAGGGAAUACCCCAACUAUAAAAAAUCUAUUUAAAAGAAGUCAUUCUUGUGUCACGUGUCUUAGCUGACCAACUACCUAGCAACGGGUGCGAAGCCGGAGGAGAAUUCAUUGCAUACACCAGACGAUGUUGUCUUUAAUCGCUAUCCAUAAAUCAUAAAUAUCGAAGCCUAAUUAAAUUCUCGGAUUAUCCACUGCCUACAUUUUUUUCCCGAGGUUUUUAUCUCAGAAAGUGUUGCACGUUUAACCCUUCAUCAAGUUUAUCAACAUAUACAUCAAGCUCUCAAUCUUCUUCUGCUACCUUUGAUGUGACGCGAGCAGACAAUCCUAAUCAUCGGGCUACCGAUUAGAGAAACACAUACAUUUUUGUCCUGUAUGCGUUCCAAGUUUUUUUUUGUAAGGGAAUCCAGUAUAUAUUUCUAGUAAGAUUGGAUAUUUUUAAUUUCCAUAUAUACCAAAAUUGACGUACUUUAUUCUAAAUACAUGUACCCACCCGAUAAAUACUUUUUUAGGAAAGUGUCUUUAACUCUUUUAUAAAUGAAAUAUUUUUUAAUAGUGAGGGUUGGUAAAUUGAAUAAUUCUCGACAACUAAUCCUUGAUAUCUAUACAGAUUAGUAAUAUUAUGUUGAAUGAAAUUGGAUGUAUAAGAAACAUGCCAAGUUCCAUCUAAUCGGAAAUGCUAUUUUUAAGCAACGGAACAAUUUAGAAACUAGUUUUAAUAACUAUAACGAGGGACUCUUUCGUGACUAAUGAUCGGUGCCACAAACUAUGACCAAAUAUGGAUUACCAGAUAUUUGGCGUCACUGAACCAGUUUAUUUCCAGGGCACCUACAUGUAAUUAACCAAUACUUUACCUUUUCUAUAUAUUUUGAUUUUGAACAUUCAUACAUUUGCUUAUGGUAAAGCGCCUUUGAGCACUCUUUGUGGAAACGUCACUUUAUAUAAUUAUAUUCUUAAUAAUAAAAUAAAAAUAUUCGGCAAUUGCGUACGUUUGGAUAAACGCUCAACUUUUUAAAUAGAUUUAAUCUCAAACUGCAUACAGGUUGGUUCAUUAUUGUUAGCAGGAUAAAAGGGGGUUUAUUCAACCGUGCACAAUCUGGUUAUCAUUAAAAUAAUUUUA